AUGUCGACACCCACGAACAACGAACACGCAUCUGUUGUCCAGGACGCGCCUCAAGAAGUCCCACAACAAACGCCACAGGAUUUACCUACUGGUGUAUCUCAGCAUACUCAACCAGCACCACAGAUUGUGCCAGCUGGCGUACCGCAGAAUACUCAACCAGUCGCUCCUGAGGCGAUCGACGAUAAUGACUCGGCGAUAGGAGAUGAGGAAGACCUGCUUUCAACGUCCUCCUUGACUUCAAGCAUUUUCAAUUAUCGGCAGGAGAAUGGAAGAACUUACAAUAGCUAUGGUGACGCCUAUAUUCUGCCGAAUGAUGAGACCGAGCUCGACCGACUAGAUCUACAACAUCAUCUUCUCAAGUUGACGUGGGGAGAUCAACUAGCAACGAUUGAUGUCGCCAAAAGUGGCCAAGCACAUCGAGUUCUUGAUGUAGGGACGGGGACGGGCAUCUGGGCAAUCGAAUGGGGGGAUCAAUAUCCAGACUCAAUGGUGCUUGGUGUCGAUGUCAGCCCGAUACAGCCAGCCUUUGUACCCCCAAAUGUGUCCUUCGAAAUUGCAGAUCUUACUCAAAGUUGGAGUUUUACCCACAAAUUUGACUUCAUCUUCUCGCGAAUGAUGACUGGAGCUUUUGGCGACUGGCGGAAGGCAAUACAGGAAUAUUACGACAACUUGAAUCCAGGCGGAAGUGUUGAGAUUCAAGAUAUCAACUUCGAUGUGAAGAGCGAUGAUGGCUCACUUCACGAAGACUCGCCUUUGAGAAAAUGGUCCAAAUAUAUGUUGGAAGCUAGCAUCAAGCUUGGAGCGCCACUUGAUAGCAUUCUAUCCGUAAAAACGCUCCUGGAGGAAGUGGGAUUCGUGGAAAUCGAACAAAAGGUUGCGGUUUGGCCCAUGACCUGGUGGGCCAAAGACCCUCGAUUCAAGAAAAUUGGACUCUGGACGUACCACAACAUGUCUGGCUCAUUAUCCGGCAUCAGCCUGGCCCUUUUCACCCGAGGUCUGGGCUGGACUGUGGAGGAGCUUGAAGUUUUCUUGGUUGGCGUCAGAAAAGACAUGCGGGACACCAAAAUUCAUGCGUACUGGCCAAUAUUGCGGCAUGUUCCUGGACCAUCCUCUGCGGGGUUCUCAAAAUGGUGGUUACUGAAGCGGACACUGAAUGGGACCAUCCACAUGGAAACCGCCCAGGCCACUUUCGAUCAUGGCUCCCUCGUCCGCAUUGGGCCCAACGAACUGGUAACCAGUGAUCCUGAUACCCUCAGAAAGAUGCUGGCCGUCAGAUCCCCUUAUCUUCGCUCAGAUUGGUAUGACGCGAUCAAGAUUGAUCCCGACCACGCCAAUAUCUUGUCUGAGAGAAAUGUCGAGAAGCACCAAGCACUCCGAGCAAAGAUGGCACCAGGAUAUGCUGGCAAAGAGAAUCUGGAUCUCGAAGAGACUAUUGACAAAGUCAUUGCUAGUCUGGUGCAGCUUAUCAAGAGCAAGUACAUUUCAACAGCUUCAGAGUAUCGACCAGUCGACUUCGCACGCAAGGCUCAAUAUCUCACCCUGGACUUGAUCGGCCAAAUAGCAUUUGGUAAGCCAUUCGGGUUCAUUGAGAAUGACGACGACAUGUAUGCCUACAUUGAGACAACUGAAAAUACCAUUCCGGUGAUGAUGUUUGUCUGCGCAUUUCCAGCACUGGCAAAAGUGAUUCACUCUCCGAUCUUCAAAAGCCUGAUGCCGAAGAAGACUGACUCUUAUGGCUUGGGAAAGAUCAUGGGUAUGGCGAGAGAAGUGGUCGACGAGCGGUUUGAGCCUGACGCGAAGCGAAAGUGGGAUAUGCUUGGUUCUUUCGUUGCCCACGGCCUAACAAGACAGGAGGCAGAGUCAGAAACACUCGUUCAGAUCCUUGCUGGUAGUGAUACGACUGCAUCGGCCACUCGCGCGAUCCUCUUACAUGUCAUUACCAACCCUCCGGUUCUCGAAAGACUACUAGAAGAGAUCAAACAGAGUGAUAUUUCCGACCCGAUCAAAGAUGCAGAAGCUAAGAAGAUGCCCUACCUGCAAGCCGUCAUCAAAGAGGGACUGCGGAUUCAUCCACCAGUGACGGGCCUCAUGCUCAAAAUCGUCCCACCAGGAGGUGAUACCAUUCUCGGCAAAUAUCUGCCCGCUGGUACCAAACUUGGUUAUUCGGCAUUCGGAGUUUUUCUCGAUCCCAAGCUGUGGGGACCAGACUCGAAAGUCUAUCGUCCAGAACGCUGGUUGGAAGGUACACCCGAGGAGAUCAGACGCAAGGAGAAUGACAUGGAUCUGGUGUUUGGUUGGGGCCGUUCUCAAUGCCUGGGAAAGACAGUCGCAGCUAUUGAACUAAACAAGAUCAUUGUGCAGCUUUUGCGAAACUUCAAUUUCACCAUUGCCGACCCCCAGAAGCCCUGGAAUUCCUUUGGUGCAGGAGUUUUCAUCGUCAGCGACAUGUGGAUGCGUGUCACUGAGAAGGAACCACCACUCUAA